AGCUUCACGUUCGCGUAAUUUGUUCUAAAUUUUUUGAUUCUGUUGUUCUAUUUCUCACUUCUUACGUUAGCGCACGACCCAAGAAUUUUUCCGUGAAAUGUGAAUCGUUAUCGGAAUGAAGUUGAGAACAACCCUCUUGUUCCUCUCUAAGAAUGUGCACCUUUCAUCAUGGUUCUUUCAAAUGACUGUAACGGAUUCCAUUAGAUAGUUCAUCUUCACAUCAUGGCAAGUCCAAGCCCAAAGAAACCGGAAUUAGAAGGGAAGGAGGUCGUGAUUUGCAUCGGAGGCGGUGUACUUACGAUUAUUUUACUCUUCAUCUUCGCCAAACGGCAGAUAAUGAGAUUUGCUCUGCGCUCCAGGAGAGGUCCUCAUGUACCCAUCGGGCAUGACUCCACCAAGUCUUUCAAGCGAGAAAUAGAAAGACGCAUUGAAGUAAUCCCCAAAAUAUUGUACGAGCCAAAAAUGAUUCCUGACGAUGAUUCCUGUUACAUUCUACCUCCGGAUUCUCAUCUGAAACCUUUUUAUUGUAGACUGAAAGCUGUAGAUGACAUCAAGUUACUUGAGGCAGCAAUAACAAAGCAUGACCCCAGUCUAGUUCGGCAUCCUGCUGAAAAUCUUAGAGCUUAUUUACUGAACACAUUAGCUGCGCCCCUGAACGGUGCUGGGCAAAGAAUUGUACAUCAGUUCUGUGAUCUUUACGAACAUGCCCGCUACGACCCAGCAGAAUUUGCUGAUGAGGAAUAUCAAGCUUAUUCUAGACUUCUUUUGAAAUUAAUUGAUGCGGCCAAGUUGUUGAAGUACAACGGCAGCAAUCGCAAGGUCAGCCCGAGUCGAACUCUAAUGAAGAAAACUAACCCUGAGAAGAUGAGAAAUAUUUUAGAAGCAAAGUUCAAGGAGACCAAAGUCUGCGAUGAUGUCAAUGCUGCAGAUAAACCUUCCCUAGAUAAUCCUGAAACUCAUGUGUGAAAAGGAACCUUUUCAGUCUAAGCCAGCCACUAUUUUUGUCAUUUUUUUAAUCAUGUCAUUCUUAGAACACACUGCAAGAAUAUUCCUCUACUUUGCCCAAAUUGUGCUUGAUGUUCAAGAAACUAAGAACUACUCUUUUCCAGUGGAUAUUUUUGUUCAGAAAUGAGGAGAACUCAGUGCUUAUAACACUUAAAUUGAAUCUCUUGAUUGCACUUAAUCCAGGCAUACGCCUCUUUUACGGUCUUUUGCCAAUAAUUAAGACAUGAUGUGAACUAGUACACAAAAAGUUAAGUAAUGAACAUCAUUUCAUAGGAUAUUCAUAGGAAGAUUAUCUGUGGAAACUUAUGAUACUUGUUGGUACUACCACAGUCAAUUUUUUAAACGAUUGUAAAACUUUUUGAAAAGAUCUCAUGUGCCCAAUAAUUUUUGGAAAUUGGACACAUUUUGAUCUCUUUGAGAACAUAUUCAGCUGUGACUAAAAGUUUUAAUUUUCCAUGUGUAUAACUCCCCCCCCCCUUGUUCACCAUUCUAACUCCAAUGUUGUCAUAACUUUCAAUGAGAUGGAGUAAAAUAUUUGAAACUCCCGUCCUAUCAAAGUUUUCGGAUAAUAUCUGCAGGCAGCUCUGAGAUUUUUUUCUCCUUUUUUCCCUUCUGAUGAAUGAAUUGAGUCUUGGCUUCCUCGAAUGUGUUACAUCUAUAAGAGAAGUCUGCACUGAACUGAAAACACUGGUUAUCAAUAUCGAUUUCAAUUUUAAUGCAGCCUUUUAAGUUUGUAACUUUGCUAAGCAAUCCUCUGCCUUUAUUUGCUUUAUUUCUAUGUUUGUAUCAGGCUCAGAUUCCUGAUCAGGAAAACAUUUUGACAGUGGGACUUGCAACAUCUUCUAACAGGGUCUCAAAGUGAAUCGGUGAGAAUGAAGACGCACCAAUUCGGAAACAUGAAAAUGUCUAAGAGACAUAAAAACUGCGCAAAAGGUGAAAAAAUUAACCUAAGAAAUAGUGUUUUGGUGCCAAAAGACAUGUACCUAAGGACAGUUCGAAGGCCCAAGUUGAAGUAAAUA